UUGCUCGCUCGUUCCGAAAAGAGAUCUUUUGUCGUUUUCAGGCCUCAAAUCGUCCGUAACGAGGUGUAUCACGAUGAGCCGGAAACAGUACAUCGACAGGACACUUCGAAACAGAAUACCCGUCAACGUCCUCAGAAUCAGAAUCGCAGUGCAUCGUCGUCGCGACCGAUCACUGAGCCGACGUCGUCUCGCAGUCGUGAUGGACGACGAGGCGGACCGAAGUCGCAGAAAGAGCGCCCUCCAUACAAAGGGAUGCGCAAGUCGGACAGCAGUCAUUUGGAUGCAUCAAGAAGAAUGAAACAAAAGGGUGAGAAUGGUCACAGCAGUGAGAAGCAAUGGAAAGAGCGUGAGAUGUUGGAGAGGGAGUUCUAUGGACUGCAGAUGGCGUCGUCAUCAAAGAGGGCGACGUCAAGUAACGUUGGACCGAAGACCAUGAACGGUUCAACAGAACGUGAAAAUUGA